GGUAACCUUUAAGGCUUCAAUUGCUUCCAACAUUCUAGUACCAAUUCUUUCCCCUGCAGUGACUCCGCUGAUCUUAUGUUCCUCACCGAUAAAGCUAACCUGUGUUCGAUCUGCUUGAUUAGAUAUCUUUCCCCCUUUUCCCUCUUAGCUGUGAUGAACGAUGAUUACUAGGGGAUAGCAACUUCUUGCAAUUUCAUGGAAGAAUCUUUAUUUGCAGGCGCACUUUGUUCUGUUCUCGGAUGAAAGAAACUGCUUUACUAAAAAAUUUCGCUUAAAAAUAUAACCUUUUUUGCUUUUUUAGCAAAGCUCAAUUACGGAGGUGUCGGUGGUGCCGGCACAAGAAUAAUCUGCUUACUGAGUUUUAUUGUUUUCUGUAAUGGUGGCAUUGGGGGCAUUAAAGUAGAAGUUCUGAUAGUGUGUUCUCUUUCAUUGUUCUUUGCUCUGCUUUUGUUGAACCUAUGAAUUUCGUAUAUGUUAUUGAGAUGUAUUUGGAAAAUAAAUUCUUAUCCCCAGGUCAUGUCAACCACUCAAUCUUCUGGAAGAACCUGGCUCCUGUUCGUGAAGGAGGUGGUGAACCACUGAAAGGUUCUCUAGGUUGGGCCAUUGAUACACAUUUUGGCUCCUUGGAGGCAUUGGCUCAAAAAAUGAGCGCAGAAGGUGCAGCUUUGCAGGGCUCUGGGUGGGUGUUUUGUUUUGUGCAGUGGUUUGGCGUCGAUAAAGAAUUGAAGAAACUGGUUGUUGAAACCACUGCCAAUCAGGUCAUUUUCAAGAGACAUCUGAUAUCAGUGUUUGGAAUAGACAUCAUAAUACUGUCCUUGAUGAUAUUCUUGUCUAUGGUAUCGGACCCACUAGUGACAAAAGGACCAAGUUUGGUUCCUUUAAUUGGAAUAGAUGUCUGAGAACAUGCGUACUAUCUGCAGUACAAGAAUGUGAGGCCCGACUAUCUGAAGAACAUAUGGAAGGUCAUCAACUGGAAGUACGCCAGUGAAGUGUUCGAGAAAGAAUGCCCUUGAGACUCGACGCAUUACCUGGAGCUUCUUGCCCAUUGUAAAACAGAGUGAUGUGCUGAGAUAGAAGAGCUGUUCCUUGUCCCUGGUGGAGGUGCUCUCAGUACAAAAACUACCCUGUUCUGAUGUAGCCGUUGCUGAAUAAAGUCGAGCAUUUGCACCAAUGUUUUGUGUUGCGUAAUCUCAUGAGUUUGGCUUGACAUAUUGCUUUUGGGUUAGGGUUCAAUAGCCUGUGCCCAUGCGCAUUAAGAUGAUGUUGGGACUUAGCUUUAGGCCGACAGAUGAGCUAAAAAUAACUAAUGUGACUUAUUGGAUGAAUGGCAAUGACGUGUAAAAAACAUAA